AUGGCUAUUUCAAGCUGGCAUAACGCCUUUGAUAAGGUCUUCCAAGACGGGAACCGCCAAUUUCUCCCCGUUAGCACUCUAAUUGAACAUGUUUUGUUCUAUGGCACACUGGAUGUUCUAAAGGGACUGUGGUCAACUAUUUUCACAGCGGCAAUCAGAAGGGACCGUGAGCGGUAUCUCGCCCUUGCAGUGAUGGGAGCCAACGUAUCCGCUGUUAGUUGGAUCCUUAGCCGAUUUCCACUGUGGUCCCCCUUUCAUGCUUUGAAUAUGCAUGUUGAAUUCUUGUCAACGACAACGAAGGGACCCAGAUUUCUCGCGAGGACUAAUAAUAUCAUCCCGGAGAUCCUAAAAGUGCCGAUUUGGUUUUUGGUCCAGUGGGUACAGGAUGAUAGCGUUGCUAGAACCUUCGAAAAUCUGAUGGGCUAUCAAGAGCCUGGGAACCCUGUAUAUUCCUCUAUUUUUAAUUCGGAUCUAUUCCUUAUUGCGAGCAUUAUCGAAGACCCAAGCUUGAUUAAUUUUGUAUAUUCGAAGACCGGGGUUCUGAGCCCAUCGGAUUACAAAUUAGUCUUAGCUAGGAUGAUUUCCACCAUCUCAUCCCAGGAAAAGCAGGAUCAGUUCUAUAGAAUCCUUUCUUCCCUGGAGUUGUCUCGUAACCAGACCCUGGAGGGGAAUAAAGGCCUUUUUUGCGCCAUCCCGAUGGAUGAUACUCUGGGGCUGGCGCUAUCGUUCUCUCUUCUGCUCGAGCCGUCAUGGUCCGCUGAAUUAUUCUUACGGGGCCUCGUGAAGUCAUUUGAUUUGGGUGUCAGCGCCAGAGUUGCUGAUGUUACAAAAAUACUUGAACGUUUUGAGAGCAUUCCGCCAUAUCUUACAUGCCGUUCUAAAACCGAACACCUCCAAGCCGUUGAUGCUGAACAACUUAUGAGUAUUAUAUGGCCCAUCAUAGGAAUGACACCGACUGAAGACUACUACGAAUUUUCUGUUCUCGAGCAGUUCGUUCAGGAGACAAUAGAUUUUCUUUCUUUAAGUUCGAAACGGGCUGGGCCAUAG